CGGUGGGACCCUCCCCCCAGGCGAGGGGCGGUCUCCCGGAGCGGCGUACUUCCCGCGCCCCGGAGCCCGCAAAGCCACGGCGAGAUGGCACCGGCCAAGAAGGAUAUUUUGGAGUGCCUAGACAGUGGGGAGGUGGUGGUCGGGGAUGGCGGCUUUUUCCUAAGCCUGGAGAAGAGAGGCUACGUAAAGGCAGGGCUCUGGACUCCAGAGGCAGUGGUGGAACAUCCAGAAGCAGUUCGGCACCUUCACACAGAAUUCCUGAGAGCAGGAGCAAAUGUCAUGCAGACAUUCACCUUUUCUGCCAGUGAAGACAAUUUGGAGAGCAAGUGGAAAGCUGUAAAUGCCGCUGCCUGCGAUCUCGCGAGAGAAGUGGCUGACGGAGUCAAUGCUCUGGUAGCUGGGAGCAUCUGCCAGACGUCCAUGUACAAGCACCACAAGGAUGAGGCCACAAUUAAAAAGCUUUUCCAGCUCCAAUUCAAGGUGUUUACCAGGAAAAAUGUAGACUUCUUGAUUGCUGAGUAUUUUGAGUCUGCUGAAGAAGCUGUGUGGGCUGUGGAAGUCUUAAAGGAAUCAGGCAAACCAGUGGCAGCUACUAUGUGCAUUGGCCCAGAGGGAGAUGUGCAUGGGGUAGCCCGAGCUUGCGCUGUUCAGCUGGUGAAGGCAGGGGCUUCCACUGUUGCUGUGAAUUGUCGAUUUGGACCGGAGACCAGCUUGAAGACAGUGGCACUCUUAAGGGAUGGCUUGCAGAAUGCAGGGUUGAAGGCACAUCUGAUGGUGCAGUCCCUGGGGUUCCACAAGGGAGGGUUUGUGGACCUCCCCGAAUAUCCCUUUGGCUGUCACUAUUGUGUUCCUGGCCUGGAGCCCAGAGUUGCCACCAGGUGGGACAUUCAGAAAUAUGCCAGAGACGCCUACAACCUGGGGGUCAGGUACAUCGGCGGGUGCUGUGGCUUUGAGCCCUACCACAUCAGGGCCAUCGCAGAGGAGCUGGCCCCGGAAAGGGGCUUCUUGCCACCCGCUCCAGAAAAACACGGCAGCUGGGGAAGUGGUUUGAACAUGCACACCAAGCCAUGGGUUAGAGCCAGGGCUAGGCGUGAACACUGGGAAAAUCUGCUGCCAGCUACAGGCAGACCUUUCUGUCCUUCACUCUCAAAUCCUGAUGCCUAAGAGUAAGGAAGUAAUGAAGGAAAAAUGAAGGAGUAGUGAUGAAGUAGUAGCAGAGUCAUGGAGGAACAACAAAGAAACCCCUGCAUCCCCCCUAGAGCCCUUCCCUGCCUUGAUCUUCCAUUCAGUUGCUACUUCCUUGGUGACUAACAACUAAGGUGCCACAGGCCCUCCAGGCUCUCCAUGAUGCUCAACACUCAGUUUUGUACUUCUGCUACAGUUAAGCUAAUUCUAUACUGGAUGGGUAAACGAUCAUUGUAUCACUGAA